GUAUUGAAAAUUCUUAUCUUGAUUGUUGAAUCUUUAAGAUAUUAAAUGUGUCGUUAUAGUUUUAACGGCUUUUCACAUAUUUAGAGUAAUCAUGUGGACGUCUACACUGUCCGUAGUAUUUUACAUAUUGAUUGCAAUUGUACAAGGUACACAAGGUGAUUUAUAUUGCUAUCAAUGUGCAGAUGUCUCCAAAGCACGUGACUGUAGCGUCGUCAAGAAAUGUGGACCAAAUCAGGUGUGUUAUUCAACCCAGAGGAUUACGACAGAUGGGCAUAUAUAUAGGAAAAUGGGAUGUCGAGAUGUAUCGCAAUGUAGUUCAACAACCGGUAUUGUUGGCAAACGAUCUUGGUUCAGUGGAGAAUUGUCAGAAGAUGUAAACGAUGUGGCUUUGAGAAGUUUGGGUGAUACAACUUUGUGUGAUGCAUGUUGCCAGUCUAACAUAUGUCAGCCUCAACUUUGUAAUGACGAAGAAUAUUUGACGAAUAGAGGACCAAUAUGUUUUCACUGUAGCGCCCAGCCUGCGGACAGCCCAUGCACAAUCAUACAGGAAUGUUCUAAAGAUGAAGUUUGUGUUGAGUCUUACGCCCGCAGCCCAAGCGGUCAAAAGCUCAGGAAAACUGACUGUUUUAGCAAAUCAGUUUGUGAAAUGAUUUAUGGCUCAAAUUCAUUCCAUCUAACGAAUUCGUCAUGUUUUAAUUGUUGCAAAGAUGACCUUUGUAAUAGUCGUUGUCACAGGGAACUGGCAACAACAAAACCUCCAGUUGUUAGAACGACACAAUCAGCACAAGGGUCAACACAAGCAGGUUGUACUGACAGCACACCGGAAGCAACGUGUAAACUGGCAGCAAGUAUCGUCUGCCAAGACCAGUUCCGCGCACAGAACGCCAACUGCGAGCAUUAUUGUGGAUUUUGUUAAUUAUUUGAUUAAACGAAGACUGUGAACAUUCUAAAAAUAAAAUAACAAGAAACA